AUGGUCGAAGUGUCGCUUACAGUGGGUAAAUUGGAUGCAUCUUUGGCGCUUUUGCUUACAAAGGACCAUCAUUUGAUUGAGUUUCCCACAAUGUUGUUGCCUAAUGGAGUCCGAGCAGGAUCAAUUGUGAAAUUGAAAUGCGAACAAGAUCAGGCCAGCGAAGAGGAGGAAGAUUUGAAAUUCCAAAGCAUUCAGGAUGAAAUUUAUCAAACAUUCGCCACUCAUCCGCCUAAAUCUCCCAAUUUGCAAAUCAAAAACACUACUCAAACGUCAUGCGUUUUGGAAUGGGAUGCAUUGGAUUUGGGCACUUCUCAUUUGAAGAAUUUGAUCUUGUUCAAAGACGGAAAGAAAUUGGGAUCUAUUCCCCAACCAAUGAAUAACAAGACCUCCAAACUUUCAGGACUACCAGUAGACAAGAGCUUCAAGUUUCAGUUACGAUUGGACACUACUGCUGGUAUUUUCUGGAGUAAUGAAGUGGAGGUAAACACCCACAAGAUGACCGACCUUUCCGGUAUAACUGUAUGUCUUGGCGAAUUUAGUCCCAAUGACCCGUUCACUGCGGAGGAUAUUGAGGAGACGUUGGUUAAAAUUGGCGCUAAACAUCCCGCACAACGUCAAGUCAAAGUUGACACUACACACUAUUUGUGUACUAGAGAAAAUAAGCAAAAUCCGGAGUAUAUCAAAGCUAGUGAAAUGAAUAUUCCAAUCGUUAGACCUGAGUGGAUCAAGGCUUGUGAGCGAGAAAGGAGAAUUGUUGGCGUGCGUGAUUUCUACAUUAAGGAUUGCGUCUUGCCGGAUUUGUUUGCUAAGAACUAUUGGGGAGAUAGCAAGGGUCCCAAGAACAACUUGUCCGGUACGGUAGAUAGAGAACAACAAGAUACGGUCGAGACUUUCUCGGCUCCUGCAGAGCUGCGUGAAAAUGAUACCAAUGUGGCAAGCAAUGCAGAGAAAUCGGAAUUACCACCUUUACCAGCAAAUGGGGAGGGUAAAGAGAUUUCUGAGAGUGCCGGAGUGACACAACAUGAAGCUCCAUCAAAUGAGAAUGAUGCGUCUUUCGAAAAACAAGAAUCCGACUCGACUAAACUUGAAGUUGGCGAUACCGAGAUCUCUACCGCUGUCCCCAACUCAGCACAGGAAGUGAAUGAAACUCUCAAGCACAUGGAUGAGGAGGAGAAGCCCCAACAAGACGGCGACGUUGCAAAUACGAAUGAAGAGCAGGAGGCGGCCUCUUCUGCGGCAUUGAGAGAGGACAUAGAUGAUGCUUUUGAAGCUGUUCCCAUUAGUCAAGAAAGUGUUGUUGAGGUAGAGACAAAGGUGAGUGACCAUCCUGUAAAAUCUGAGGAGACUGUGCAACUGGCAGAAGCCUCUCUGAGUAACACAGUUGGUACCGAGGACGCAAAAUCGAAAGAGGAGAAGGAGGCAAAUAAGGAGGAGAAGAAAGAAAGAGAGUCUGAGAAGGAACUGAAAGAGGCAAAAUUUGAACAACAGGAAGAAAAAAAGGAGUUGGCAGAUGAGCGGGAAAAGCUGAAGAAGGAGGUGGACGAAGAAAGGGGGCAAAAAAGGGACGAAAAGGAGGAGGAGGAGGUGGAGGAAAGUGGUGACUUAGGAAACGAUGAUGCAGAAGAGGACGAGUCUACAUCGAAAGAAAAUUCACCCGCCCCAACCGGAGACGGUGAGAAAAAGAAGAAUAAGAACAAGAAAAAGAACAAGAGCAAGAACAAGAAAAAGUAA